AUGACACCGUUCCUGGCCCUUCCCGGCUUCUUCCCCGGGCCUAGGCCGAACGCCCCCACAUAUUUGUCCUACGCUGAUAUCGCAUCCAAGGGCCCUAAGCAGUCUCCUGAGGAGGCUGCGGCGCCCCCUGUUCCUGAGGUCUCUGUUGAUUCCACCGCUUCUACCUCAUCCCUUGUCGAUGUCGACAUGCCGAGUGUCCACACCGUCCCCAACGACUUCCUCGAGCAGGACAUCAAGACAGAGACUCAGGCCGACCGCAUCGACCGCGAGGAGAAGGCACGCGCCGAGGCCGAUCUCGCCAAGAAGAAGGCCGCCAGCAAGGCCCGCAAGGCCGACAGCUGGCUGAAGCGCCAAUUCUCCAGUCUCAGUGACGGCAGCGCCGGCGCCCUCGCCAUCUCCAACCUUGUUGGCGUGGUUGGCCUCAGCGCGUUCCUUGGCUACAAGGCCUGGGGUCUGUUCGACCGCGGCCGCCUGACGUGGCAGAACGUUGCUGUCGGCGUGAGCAUCCUUGGUGCUGUUGGUCUUGGUGAAGGUGUUAUUGGAAACUACCUCUACAAGACCAAGGGCAAGAAAUGA